AUUUAAAGGUUAAACAUGGCCCGCCGGUUAGUCGCGCGCGAGUCCGGUGAGUGGGAGAGCAUGAUGAUGAUGAAGAAGAUGAAGGACGGAGCGGAGGAGAAGUGCAGCACUGCAGUGGCCACCAAGAAGAGAGGCUACGACAUCACCCGUAACCCCCACCUCAACAAGGGCAUGGCGUUCUCUCUGGAGGAGCGUCUGCAGUUGGGGAUCCACGGCCUGCUGCCUCCCUGCUUCCUCAGUCAGGACGUCCAGCUCCUCCGCGUCCUCCGCAACUACGACCUCAAAAAGGACGACCUGGACAGAUACGUCCUGUUGAUGGGGCUUCAGGAUCGUAAUGAGAAGCUGUUUUAUCGUGUUCUGCUGUGUGAUAUCGAGCGCUUCCUGCCCAUCGUGUACACGCCCACCGUGGGACUGGCGUGUCAGCAGUACGGCCUGACCUUCAGGAGACCCAGGGGUUUGUUCAUCACUAUCCACGAUCGCUCCCACAUCGCCACUCUCCUGCAGAGCUGGCCGGAAACGGAUGUUCGGGCAGUGGUAGUGACAGAUGGUGAGAGGAUUUUGGGGCUGGGAGAUUUGGGAUGUUAUGGAAUGGGAAUUCCAGUGGGAAAACUGGCUCUUUACACAGCGUGUGGAGGAAUUCCACCUCAGAAGUGUCUCCCCAUCAUGCUGGAUGUGGGAACGGAUAACGAGGAGCUCCUGAAGGAUCCUCUGUACAUCGGACUGAGACACAAGCGUGUUCGAGGCGAGGCGUAUGAUGAACUGCUGGAGGAGUUCAUGAAGGCUGUAACGGACAGGUACGGGAGGAACUGUCUGAUCCAGUUUGAGGAUUUUGCCAACGUCAAUGCUUUCCGCCUUCUGCACAAAUACCGCAACCAAUAUCUCACCUUCAAUGAUGAUAUACAAGGUACAGCAGCAGUCGCCGUAGCUGGACUUCUCGCUGCACUUCACAUUACUAAGAGCAGGAUGUCGGAUCAUACCAUUGUGUUCCAGGGUGCGGGGGAGGCUGCGAUGGGCAUCGCUGAGCUCAUCAUCAUGGCCAUGGAGAAAGAAGGGCUUCCACAUGCCGAGUGUGUGAGGAAGAUUUGGAUGGUCGACUCGAAGGGUCUCAUCGUUAAGGGUCGAGAUCAUUUGACUCCAGAGAAGCAGAGAUUUGCUCAUGAACACGCUCGGAUGAAGAGUUUAGAGGAGGUUGUUGAGAAGUUGAAGCCCACUGCUAUCAUCGGGGUGGCGGCCAUAGCUGGAGCCUUUACAGAGCGCAUCAUUAAAAACAUGGCUACCUUUAACGAGAGGCCCAUCAUCUUCGCUCUGAGUAACCCGACUAGUAAAGCGGAGUGUACGGCCGAGCAGUGUUACACACUCACACAGGGGCGGGGCAUAUUUGCCAGUGGGAGCCCAUUUGACCCCGUGACCCUGGCAGAUGGGCGGAGAUUUUUCCCGGGUCAGGGUAAUAACGCGUACGUGUUCCCGGGCGUGGCUCUCGGUGCGGUGUCCUGCAGCAUGUCUCACAUCCCUGAGCAGAUAUUCCUCAUCACAGCCGAGACAAUCGCUGGGAUGGUGACGGAGAAGGACCUCGCUGAAGGGAGACUGUAUCCUCCUCUCACCUGCAUUCGGGACGUUUCCUUUAAAAUAGCGGUGAAGACUGUAGAGUACGCUUACAAACACCAGAUGGCGAUGCUGCAGCCUGAACCAGCUGAUAAAGAGGCGUUAGUGCGCUCACACAUCUACAACACCGACUACGAUGACUUCACUGUGGACUCGUACCGCUGGCCUGAGGAGGCCAUGAACAUCCAGACCUGCAGACUCUGAUAACUCCACACACACACACACACACACACACACACACACACACGCACACACACACAGAUUGUCCUGUCGAGGUUGUGCUGCAGACUCAGAAGCUCGUAAUGAAGAAUAUAUAAAGAUAUAAAGUUGUUUAUUUCAGGACUUUUUCAGGAGGAUUAAAUUCAUCACAACAAACUGAUCCACUGGGUGUGUAAACUUACUGCUGGGUGUAUAAACUUACUGCUCGGUGUGUAAACUUACUGCUGGGUGUGUAAACUUACUGCUGGUGAGAUAGUUAACAAAAUAGAAUGUGCUAAAGUCUCCUUUUAAGCAUAGUGCUGUAUGAAUUAAACAGUAUUGUUGUUAA